GCGACGCCCGGGUUUCAUCACGUGACAUAAUGCCGGUGACGGAUCCGUACCCAGUUUGAAAGGUUUCCUAUUGCGUGUUCGGUGGGCGGAGAAACGUACAUGCUCGGUUACCGAAUAAUUUAGCUUUUUCAUCUCUUGAGCGCGUGUCGACAGGAUAUCGUGUUUGAAUUGGGUAAAACAGCCACACAAGCAGAAGUCUCCAGUCUGUGGAUUGUUUGACCGAAGCAGGCAGCCGCUGCUUACGGAGGUGUGCAUGCGAGACUGGGCUAGCUGGAUGAGACGGAAGCGGACUGGGCUCCCUUGCAUCUGAUGACUAGAAGGUCGGGCCUGGAUGAGACACGCGCAUCCUAACCCGGUGAAAGGAUAGGCCACUGACCAUGCUGCAGUUGAUGAUCAUGAAGAUGAUGAUGCAGAGUUUGGUUUCCAUGGAAACAGAAAGUUCUGGGUGAGGGAUUGUCUAUUGUUGUGGGCGGAGCCUUGGUGAAAGGGGUGGAGCCAUGUCUGCAGGCACACCCACAAAUACCCUGACCUCUAAGAAGAGCCGUGGCAAGCCGGAGGUGGAGUCUCUCCAGGCGUCCAAUGAGGACCUGAAGAGCAAGCUGAGUGACAUUCAAAAUGAGCUACAGCAGGAGAAAGCCAAGAUGUGUAAGUUGCGGGAGCGGGUUCAAGAGCUGCGCUCCCAGCGGGAGUGUGAGCAGCACAAACACUCGGUUGCCAUGACGGAGCUGCGGGUCAAGCUGCACGAGGAGCGCCAGCGCGAGGUGGCGGCGGCCCGCGAGGUGUUGGCACGGCAACACGAGGCUGAGCUCGCCCGUCUGGCACGGGUGCGAGAGGCCGAGGUGCAGCGGCUGCAGGCGCAGGUCAAUGCCCUCAGGGAGGGGGGCGGAGUCAGCAGUGAGAUAAGGAGUAUGCUCAGAGAAGAGGCCCGAGAGGAAGUGAGGCGGAGCCACGAGGCAGAGAAGCUCCGCCUCUCCCAGGAGCUGCAGGAGGUGCGGUCGUCACGGCGACAGGCAGAGGACGCUCUGGCCGUAGUUCAGCAGGCAGAUAAGGCCAAAGCAAGCGAUCUCAGAGUGGCCCAUCAGCAGCACCAGGAGGAGAUCCAGAGGAUCAAACGAGAGAGCGAGAGAGACAUCCGCCGACUGAUUGAGGAGAUGCGGGGUCGCGACCGCGUCCUGCAGACUCUGGAGAAGGAGCUGGGUAUUCAGGCAGGCCAGACCAAGAGACUCCUGCUACAGAAGGCAGAGGCAGAGAAGAACCAUGGCAGCCCCAAACGAGAGGUCGCCCCCGCCCUCGGAGACAGCCCGGAGAUCCCCGGCAACCAGGAGAGUGUUGAUGAGAGGGACACUCGGCGGUUCCAGCUGAAGAUCGCUGAGCUUCAGUCCGUCAUCAGAAAGCUGGAGGACAGAAACGCACUUCUGUCUGAUGAGAGGAACGAACUGCUGAAGCGUGUGCGUGAGACGGAUGGACAGAUGAAGCCCCUCCUGGAGAGGAAUAAACGGAUGAGUAAAAAGAACGAUGAUCUCCUGCAGAGUCUGCAGCGCAUGGAGGACAAGCUGAAGAACCUGAGCAGAGAGAACGCAGAACUGAAGGAGAUUUCGUCGCAGCAGUCAAACUCCCAGCAUGCCGUUCUGAAGCGGCCCUCCUCGCUGACAGAUCUAAGCCACGCCCACGAGCAGCAAGAGGUAGAUUUUCUACGUCUCCAGGUGACGGAGCAGCGCAGUGUCAUCGAAGAGCUUGUGCAGGAGCGAGAGAGGCUGCUGAUGAACAAGAAGAACAAGAGGAAAGGCCUGAAAGUGUCCAAGAAGCAUGUUGUGGAGACAUAUUUUGGAUUUGAUGAGGAGUCUGUGGAUUCAGAAACCUCCUCGCUCACCUCCUUCAACACUGACCACACCCCGGCCACCCCUGAGGAGGAGCUUGAGGAGACUUUCUGUCGGGAGGAGGCUGAGCUACGUUUCCGUCAGCUCACUCGAGAGUAUCAAGCUCUGCAGCGAGCCUACGCCCUCCUCCAAGAGACCACCGGCCCACUGGAUCCAGAGAGACACUGUAGGUCGCGGGAGCAGCUGCAGGCGGAGCUGACUGGCUGCCAGGCGCGGAUCGCAGACCUCGAGCGCAGCCUGGCUGAGAAGGGGCAGGUGUGUGUGAUGCAGGAUGCUAAGUGGGUGGAAGACAAGCAGAGCCUCAUCAGGACAAACCAGGAUCUCAGAGAGAAGAUAUCACACCUGGAGCAUUCUGAGCUCCGUCUGCGUUCUGAGGUGCAGGAUUCUCUGGAUCAGAAUGAGCUGCUGGAGUUCCGAGUCCUCGAGCUCGAAGAGCGGGAGCGUCGAUCACCUGCAUUUAACCUCCAGAUCUCUGCCAUGGAAAACAGCAGCAGCCUACAACUACACUGCCAUCAGGAGGGAGUACAGGGUGUGAUUAUCCCCGAGCUGGUGAAGAAGUUGGAUAUUUUGGGAGAUAAUGGGAACCUGCGCAAUGAGGAGCAGGUGACUGUGAUUCAGGCUUGCACUGUGCUCUCUCUCUGUGAGAAGUGGCUGAAGCAGAUAGACAACACAGAGGCAGCUCUGACUCAGAAGAUGGUUGACCUGGAGAAUGAGAAGGAGCUGUUCAGCAAGCAGAAAGGCUUCCUAGAGGAGGAGCUGGACUACAGGAAGCAGGCUCUAGACCACGCCCAUAUGAGGGUGCGGGAGCUGGAGGCCACACUCUAUGCCAUGUUGCAGCAGAAUCCUGACAGCCGAUUGGGCGAGACUUUGAAUGACAGGCAAAGGGCGGAGCUUGCAGAGGCGAUGGAGGCGGUGCGGAGGCAAAUCCUCAGACAGAGCAGACAGGCAGACAGCGUCAUUCUACAGCAACGCAUGGAACUACUGCAGUCAGCACAGCAGCGAAUCAGAGAACUAGAGGAUAAGAUCGAUCUGCAGAGAAAACAAGUCAAAGAGAUAGAGGAGAAGUUUUUGUUCCUCUUCUUGUUUUUCUCUCUAGCUUUUAUCCUCUGGCCUUAACAAAACACACACAAACACACUCCACUCCAGCAAUCAGCAGCCACUUACAACCUCUUUCACAUGGACACACACACACACUCUGCCUCUCUCACACUCAGUCCUACCUACCUGGUCACACCCACACUGGGAGCUGAUUGGACAUUCCUAGCUCUGUUCUUGUGCGUGAUUGGUUCCUGUGUUUGGUGAUGUGUGGGAACUGUGCACAUGAUUGUUCACUCGUCUCUCGGAACCUCUAUGAACACAGUCCGAAUGUAAUCUUGUCUGUAUAUUUGUUAUAUUGUUUACACAAACACUUCUUUGAUUUUGUUUCAAUAAAUUAUAUUGUAUUUUUACCUAUGGUGGUUUGGAUUGAUUUGGGAAUCGGGUGUAAUGGUGUAUGAACUGGUUGACUAAAGCAUAUUUCUGUCUUUAUCAUUGAACCGUCUCUCCUCUCAGAUGACCCCUCAUUAUGUGUUAUAAAAUGACUUCCAUAUAUAAUAUAAUACUUCCAUAAGGUUCUACAUCCUUUAUUACUUUCCAACUCAACCAACUCAUGUCCAAUUCAUAACCUUACGAUAUAUGGGUAAACUUUACAAAUUUGACACGGAAAAAAUGCUUCACUGAUGAUGUCUUUUUAUAAUGUACACGUUUUAUUUUUGUAUUAAGUUUUGUUUACACAUUGUCUUGGUAUUGUACAGGUCAUUCUUACAGCCUCUGAUAAGAGUAAUAAUUACACAAAACACGCUGACGAGUGAGACUGAGACACACACACACACACACACACACACACACACACACACACACAGCCAAACACUCUGUAGAGACAACCAUGCAAACAUGCUCAACUAACUCACUCACUAGCACACACACACACACACACACACACACACACACACACACACACACA